AUGGAUAGGGAGCUGUGUUCUGUUUUAUCCGAGGUUUUAAAGUCGGAAAAGGAGUGUCUUAGUUUUCAAGUUUUGGACUUGUUGGAGGCAAUGGUGAACAGGAUUGAGUCCGAUGGCCUUGGUUCACUAAGUCGGGCUAUUCGUGCUUUGAUUAAGGCAUAUGUUAGUUUAUUCAUAUUUGUAGAUGCCAUUGACACAUUGUUCAAGAUAAAGAGGCAUGGAGUUGAUCCAUGUUUGUUGUCUUGUGACUUUCUGAUUGAUAAGUUGGCUAAACAUGGGAAAGUGGAUAUGGCUGUUGCUCUUCGUGAGCAAAUGAAGUCGCUUGGGCAUGAUGUUCACACGUACAUGGCAAUUAUCAAGAUACUUAGUGAUUUGUGUAUGGAUAGGGAGCUGUGUUCUGCUUUAUCAGAGGUUAUAAAGUCGGAAAAGGAGUGUCUUAGUUUUCAAGUUUUGGACUUGUUGGAGGCAAUGGAGAACAGGAUUGAGUCCGAUGGCCUUGGUUCAUUAAGUCGGGCUAUUCGUGCUUUGAUUAAGGCAUAUGUUAGGUUAUUCAUAUUUGAAGAUGCCAUCGACACAUUGUUCAAGAUAAAGAGGCAUGGAGUUGAUCCGUGUUCGUUGUCUUGUGACUUUCUGAUUUAUAAGUUGGCUAAACAUGGGUGGAAAUGUGCCAGUGGAUGUCUUUGGCUAUGGGGCUGUGAUCCGUGGUUUGAGGAAAAGAAACUGAAAGAAGCAGAGAUUAUUUUUGUUCACAUCAAUGACAUGGAAAAGCAAGGACUAGCUCCUAACAUAUUUUGUUAUAGCACCUUGAUUCAGGGAUAUUGUGAGUCUGGGAACAUAACGAAAGCUUUGGCUUUCAACGAUGAGAUGAGGUAG